AUGCCUCCUAUUUGUUUUGCCAUCCUUUGUCCAGCGGUUUCUCUUCAGGCUCCUUAUAUGGUUCCUGAAUCAUGGUGCACAGAGGGUAGCUCUAUCCUUUCUUAUCGAGUAUCCAACUUUGGGCCGCUUGAGCAAUCCAUUGGGUUUCGCAGAGAGGAUGCUGUGGACCUGAGUGAGACGGUGUUCAACUCGACAAAACCUCGUGCGCAAGCAGUUUCUUGUGAUCCCCUUCAUAUAGUCCGUUUUGAUAAGUCACCUGCUUUGUUUGAUAGCAAUUCAUCUACCGCUACAGUUGCAUCUCAAAGGUUGGAAUUACAGAAGAAUCAGCCAUCAAAUCCAGUUUCUGUAACCAGUAAUAGUUUGGAGAAUUGGGGAGUGUCCGCUAUGGCAGAUGCAAGUCCUAGGACUGAUAUCUCAACAGAUGUUGAUACUGAUGAUAAAAAUCACAGGUUUGAAAGGGGUCAACAACUUUCAGUUAUGGCUUCUGAUUCCAGUGACAGAUCGAAGGAUAAUAAAGAUCAGAAGUCUCUUCGUAGGCUUGCUCAAAAUCGUGAAGCUGCAAGGAAAAGCCGAUUAAGGAAGAAGGCAUAUGUGCAGCAGCUAGAGAGUAGCAGACUGAAGCUGACACAACUAGAGCAGGAGCUCCAGCGAGCACGACAGCAGGGAAUCUUCAUGUCAAGCUCAGGAGACCAAACCCAUUCAAUGAGUGGAAAUGGGGCCAUGACAUUUGAUGUAGAGUAUGCACGGUGGCUGGAAGAGCAAAAUAGACAAAUCAAUGAUCUAAGAUCAGCAGUCAAUUCUCAUGCAAGUGACACCGAACUUCGUGGUGUUGUUGAUGGAAUCAUGGCACACUAUGAUGACAUUUUUAGGCUGAAGGGUAUUGCAGCAAAGGCUGAUGUUUUUCAUUUGUUAUCGGGCAUGUGGAAAACUCCUGCUGAGAGGUGUUUUUUGUGGCUUGGUGGAUUCCGUUCUUCUGAGCUCCUCAAGCACCUCGUGAAUCAGUUGGAGCCUCUAACAGAGCAGCAAUUGAUAGCCAUUGGAAACUUGCAACAGUCUUCUCAGCAGGCAGAAGAUGCAUUAUCCCAGGGGAUGGAGGCGUUGCAGCAAUCCUUGGCUGAGACACUGUCCAGUGGACCUCUUGGCUCUUCAGGUUCAUCAGGGAAUGUCGCAAAUUAUAUGGGUCAAAUGGCCAUGGCCAUGGGAAAGCUAGGGACACUUGAGGGAUUUAUUCGGCAGGCUGACAAUCUGCGACAUCAAACGCUUCAACAAAUGCAACGUAUUUUGACAACCCGACAAUCCUCUCGCGCUCUUCUUGGUAUACACGAUUAUUUCUCCCGACUUCGUGCUCUUAGUUCCCUUUGGCUUGCUCGCCCAAGAGAGUGA